AUCUCCAGGCCUACAAGCGUCAGUCCACCAGGGAGGAGUGGAGGACUGUGGGAGCUGAUGACUGGGACCAGAGGGAUAUAGCUGCAGUAGUGUGUAGACAGCUGGGUUGUGGCUCCACUGUUUCAGUACUACCUGGAGACACCACUAGAGGGUUUGGAGUUUCCUGUUCUGGGUCUGAGUCUUCACUGAGGGAGUGUUCCAGAAGUUAUGAUCUCCUUCCUGGACUCACAGUGAUCUGCUCAGAUCUCCUGGUCCAGCCUGAUAUCUUCCUGACUGACUCAAUGGGUGGGGUCUUCAGGGGCCACCAGGGGCCCGAGAUGUUCAGGGGCUACAACUUCACCAUCACCUGCUCCACUCAGCCACAGUACCCAGGAGGCUCCUUCCUCCUCACGUUCACCGGCUCCAACAGAACCCAGCUAGCUGUCAAUCACUCUGCUACUACUGAGAUCAGUCUUGUGUGA